AUGGAAUACGAUACAUUCCUGGACCCUGCCGACCCACUUACUGCUGGUGCCCAGGUGCUCUUUGGAACCAUUGCGAGCUUCGUGACUGGGCUUGCAGAUACGCCAAGAGAGAUUGUGCGUGAUCUUGUUUCUGCUGCUCGCGCAAUACGCCAACCCCACGAACAUUUUGAUCGCCAAGCAGCAUGUCGGGCAGCAAUUUCUUCACUGGAUCAAUCAUCCCCAGAGGAUAGUAUUGAGAGCGAGGAAAUACAGGUUGAAAAUGAUGACCGGCAAUUGCAGGUUGAGAAUGAUGAACUGGAAGAUAAUGAAAUCCGAGAAGAGGGGAGUACACAGGAAGAUACUGCUGAUGAGGACAAUGAAAACCACGUCAACGACAUCGCUCGAAUUCGGAGCAUGGAGCGCAAAAGGAAUCUCCAGCUCGAAAAGGCCAAGACAAUGAGCAGCUCGAUGACGCCCUCAAAACCGCCUAAAUUCCCUGUUUUACACGAAGUUGCUAACCGACGCCCCCAGGUGGUCAGUCUUCGAAGCGGGUUCAGGGCGGCAGGAAAGGAGCUGAGAGACGGAUUUUACUUUGGUAUCACGGGCCUAGGAACACAUCCUCGUUAUGGUCUUAAGCAUGAAGGUGCUAAGGGGCUCCUCAAGGGGGUCGGGAAAGCAGUGGGUGGGGUGUUUCUCAAGCCGACAGCGGGGCUAUGGGGUCUAGCAGGAUAUCCAUUGAGCGGGAUACUCAGAGAGAUCAACGACUCGCUAGGCAGACAUCAAAAAUGCAUGAUUGUAAUGGGUCGCAUCUCGCAGGGACUUGAAGAGAUGCGAGAGUCUACGGUCGAGGAAAGGGCAGAGGUAUCCAGGGGGUGGAUUACGAUUGAACACGACUUGAAAAAGUCGAAGAAAAGACACAGCCAUUUGCAUACAACCUUGUGA